UGUCAGUGACGUGUCUCUGUUGACAGUGGACUGUGCGUAUUGGUAAAAAGCAGCGCAUUUUCUUUAUAGAAAUGGCUGUUGAUAUAACAUUGUUAUUCAAAGCAAGCGUAAAAACGGUGAAAACACGAAACAAAGCUAUAGGAGUCGGAUUCGAUUCUACAAAAGACGAAAUCUUUAAGAAAAGCAGACCCAAGAGUGGAUUUUCGACUAGAGCUAAGGAGGUGAUCUCCAAUAUCACGAAGCUGAAAGAUUUUCUGCUCCAGCACAGGAAGGACUAUGUGAACGCGGGCAGCCUCAUCUCGUCAGACCUGACCCGCAUGACGGACAGUGAGCGCGACCAGAUCGAUCAGGAUGCGCAGAUAUUCAUGAGGACCUGCUCCGAUGCCAUCAAGCAGCUCCGCGCCGAGGCGGAGAAGCAGGUGAUCACUCCUCAGGUGAAAGAACACAGGGGAGCGGUGCUGGACCUGAUAGAAGGCUACCUGAAAGGUGUGUGCAAGCUGUACUCUGAGCAAAGAGCGAUCAGAGUAAAGAGGGUUGUGGACAAAAAGAGGCUAUCGAGGCUGGAGCCCGAACACCACGGUCACGUGGAGAAGAGCCCACAGAAGGAGCAGCCAGAGGAGCGGGCGGUGAAGGAGGAGACUAGCGAGAAGACCGUGUCAGAAGUGCCUGAUAGCAGUUUCAGUUUGUGGGAAGAUGGGAAGGUGGAAGAUGAGCUCUCCCCUGAGGAAAUUCAGAUGUUUGAACAGGAGAACCAGAGGCUGGUGAGCGAGAUGAGCAGCUUAGUGGAUGAAGUGAGGCAGAUCGAAGGGAAGGUGGUGGAGAUUUCACGCCUGCAGGAGAUUUUCGCAGAGAAAGUUUUGCAGCAGGAGACGGAGAUAGACAAUAUUCACCAGCUUGUUGUGGGCGCCACCGAAAAUGUCAAAGAAGGGAAUGAGGAUAUCAGAGAGGCCAUUAAAAAUAACGCCGGGUUUCGCGUGUGGAUCCUCUUCUUCCUUGUCAUGUGUUCGUUUUCGUUGCUCUUCCUGGAUUGGUAUGACAGCUAAUGAACAAUGCGGAGGAUUUAGUCACAGGAAGUGACAUCACUGGGAUGAUGGAAUGGGCCUAGCCCUUGGGGAAACUGUUUCCAGGAAAAACGAAAUGCCCACUGCAGUUCCACCAUCACCGCGGUCUUCCACAACUCCUGCCGAGAGACGGUGGAGACGUCACGGCCCACAAAUCAGGGUCAUUGUUGCCUGAUUAUGCUUGUUUUUUCCCGUUCCUCUUCACUAGCACAUCUGCCCUUAAUUCCUCAGUGAAUAAAAUCUGGACUGGUUUUGUGUGCAAACCAAAACUGAUUUGAAUCCUUUGUGUAAUUUGUGUUUGUUUACAUAAAGCUACAUUAAAUGCAGCGCAGGGUAACAUGCAUGCUGUCAUACUUUCAAAGUGAACACGGCAAAAUGAAUAUCAGAUGAAUGCGUCUUCUUAUAUUUGGUGUCUUUUUAAAAUUAAGUUUUGUAUGUAAAAUGUGCCUUUGGAAUGUGAUCUCACGGUCUUGACGCUCAGCCAGACUCCAUCCAUGU